UUACGGAAAUUUAUCAGUCGAAGAUAAUGAAUGGCGGCCUCCAGGCCUCUAUUUGAGGCCUGAAUCCUGCCACGUGUCCUCCAAACAAAGCACUGCCGUGGCACAGGGAUAGUGUCUCAACCAAGUAGCCAGACUCAUACUCAAAUAUGAUAAAUUUAUCAACACAGCACAGACAUUCAGAUCCAAGCUUAUUUUCCAAAUAAGCAAUGGCGGCCACCAAUCUACUUCUUUCAACUCCGAUCAAAACUCAAUUCUUCGGCCACCGCCUGGCCUUCUCACCCCCUGCACCGAAAUUCCUCCACCACCAGCGCGCCACCCAAAUCCUCACUCCCCGGGCCUCGCUACAGAAAAGUCUCCCAGCUGCGCUCAUCGCAAUUCCGCUCCUCUCCACAUCGCCUUUGGCGCUCCUCCCUGCAGCUGCCGCGCCGGAGCUUGCCCCCGCCCCACCUCCUCCAACCGGGGCUGAAGCCCUCCGCCCAAACGCCCUACAAACCGCUACUCCCUCUCCCUUUUCCGGAGCCGCCGUCUCCGCCCCGGAGCCCCGCUCAUCCGACCUUCCGGAGGGUGCGCAAUGGCGCUACAGCGACUUCCUCAAUGCUGUGAAGAAGGGCAAAGUGGAGCGCGUGCGAUUCAGUCGCGAUGGCGCCUCGCUCCAGCUCUCCGCCGUGGACGGGCGGCGCGCCACCGUCACGCUACCUAAUGACCCUGACCUUGUUGAUAUCCUCGCCAUGAACGGCGUGGACAUUUCUGUGUCGGAGGGCGAUAGUAAUAACAAUCUCUUUAAUGUGAUUGGGAAUUUGCUGUUUCCGAUAUUGGCUUUUGGAGGGCUCUUCUUUCUGUUCAGGCGUGCGCAGGGUGGGCCCGGGGGACCUGGCGGCCUUGGCGGUCCUAUGGACUUUGGCCGUUCCAAGUCUAAGUUUCAGGAGGUGCCUGAGACUGGCAUAACCUUUGCUGAUGUGGCUGGUGCUGACCAGGCCAAGUUGGAGCUGCAGGAGGUGGUAGAUUUCUUAAAAAACCCUGACAAGUAUACAGCCCUGGGUGCGAAGAUUCCUAAGGGUUGCUUAUUGGUUGGGCCACCUGGCACAGGAAAGACCCUACUUGCCCGAGCUGUGUCUGGGGAGGCUGGUGUGCCAUUUUUCUCAUGUGCUGCUUCAGAAUUUGUGGAGCUUUUUGUUGGUGUUGGUGCUUCAAGGGUCAGGGAUUUGUUUGAAAAGGCGAAGUCUAAGGCACCGUGUAUUGUUUUUAUUGAUGAAAUUGAUGCGGUGGGGAGGCAGAGAGGGGCCGGGCUUGGUGGUGGGAAUGAUGAGAGGGAGCAAACCAUCAAUCAACUACUGACAGAGAUGGAUGGGUUCUCAGGUAACAGCGGGGUAAUUGUUCUUGCUGCUACAAAUCGGCCAGAUGUUUUGGAUUCAGCACUUCUGCGCCCAGGGAGGUUUGAUCGACAAGUUACUGUCGACAGGCCAGAUGUUGCCGGGAGAGUGAAGAUUCUUGAGGUUCAUUCCAGAGGCAAAGCAUUGGGGAAAGAUGUAGAUUUUGACAAAAUUGCAAGGAGGACGCCUGGCUUCACUGGUGCUGAUUUGCAAAAUUUGAUGAAUGAAGCUGCCAUUCUUGCUGCUCGAAGAGACCUGAAAGAGAUUAGCAAAGAUGAAAUUUCUGAUGCUCUGGAAAGAAUUAUUGCUGGCCCAGAGAAGAAGAAUGCUGUUGUAUCAGAGGAGAAGAGGAGGCUAGUUGCAUAUCAUGAGGCUGGCCAUGCCCUUGUUGGUGCACUUAUGCCAGAGUAUGAUCCCGUUGCAAAAAUUUCAAUCAUUCCCCGUGGCCAAGCUGGAGGUCUGACAUUUUUUGCUCCUAGUGAAGAGAGAUUAGAGUCUGGGCUAUAUAGCAGAAGCUACCUAGAGAAUCAGAUGGCAGUUGCACUCGGUGGAAGGGUUGCAGAAGAAGUUAUUUUUGGUAAGGAAAAUGUUACAACAGGAGCCUCAAAUGACUUCCAACAGGUCUCUCGUGUUGCACGCCAGAUGGUUGAAAGACUUGGUUUUAGCAAAAAGAUUGGACAAAUAUCUCUUGGAGGAGGUGGUGGAAAUCCAUUUUUGGGACAACAGAUGUCCCCACAAAAGGAUUACUCUAUGGCAACGGCAGAUAUUGUUGAUGCUGAAGUCAGAGAGCUUGUUGAGAAGGCAUAUGCCAGAGCUGUCAACAUAAUCACAACACAAAUCGACAUUCUUCACAAAUUAGCAGAGCUUCUAAUGGAGAAAGAAACAGUAGAUGGAGAGGAGUUCAUGAGCUUGUUUAUAGAUGGAAAGGCUGAACUCUUUGUUGCUUAGAAUUUGAAAACUACAUUUAGAUGUUCAACAGCUGAUACAAUAUGUAUUUUUUAGCUGAUACUAAAUUUCAAAUUAUCCUAUAGUUAAACAUGUAACGUAAACCAGAUCAUAUUGUAGAACAAAUACCAAGAAAUGCGGUUCGAAUAUUAAAGUUUGUGAGAAGUAUUAUUGUUCCCACUUCUCAACCGUGCAUCAAUAUUUGGCACGACUUUCAUUGAUGUAACACUAUAGAAAGAAAGAUUACUUUAAGUUAUGAUAGGCCAAAGGCCCUUGAUCA